GUCAAAUGAAACGUCAAAUUUUCCGAAACUGCGAUAAAAGAAGGAAAAUAAGAGGAAGUGAAAAUGCGUCUGGUUUUUAAGAAAUUUUCCAACAAAUAAAAUGUUUUGCUGUGAAAAAUUGCUUUUGGUGUAAAGAAGAAUUCCCCAUACGUACGUUAAUUAUACAGUGAUAGCAUUUAGCAAGUUACAGAUUCGAGGGCAUUUCAACGAAGCUGAGGAAGAAGAUGGCCAGUCAUUCUGAGCGGAGUAUCCAUGAGAUGCUGAAAGACACGCCGUCCAUGAACGACAGCAACAGCGCUAUUCACACGGGCACCGAACCCCGGGGCUUUCGUCCAAACCAUCCCAAUAGCCUGGCCUUGCGGAAUGUCUCGGAGCCGGCAACACCAUCACCCGGAAUGAGCCCCAAUGGGGAUAUCAUGAAGAAUGGCGCUUCAAAGAUUGACACGAUCAAGAAUUGGAGCAUAUCAACGUACAAGUGCACACGACAGCUAAUGAUGGAGAAACUGGGCAAAUCCACGAGGACUGUGGAUUCAGAACUUGAGGCGCAAAUUGAGCAGCUUCGCGAUACUCAGCGGAAGUACUUGUCCGUGCUGAGGCUAACGCGCGCCAUGAGCUCCCACUUUCAUCACGUCGUGCAGACACAGCACGCUCUUGCUGAGGCUUUCUCGGAUCUAGCACAAAAGAGCCCAGAGCUGCAGGAGGAGUUCCUGUACAAUUCAGAGACGCAGAGGAAUUUGACAAAGAACGGAGAAAUCCUACUAAGUGCUCUCAACUUUUUUAUAUCGUCUGUGAACACGCUGUGCAAUAAGACCAUUGAAGACACGCUAAUUACGAUAAAGCAGUACGAAACAGCGCGAAUUGAAUAUGAUGCCUACCGGUCGGAUUUGGAGAGCUCAAAACCAGAAGUAACUAGUCCAGGAUCUGAGGAAGCUCAGAAGAGUUUCAUGAAGCACAAGGAGCAGUAUGAAAAGUUGCGUUCAGAUGUGGCUGUUAAAAUGCAAUUUCUCGAUGAGAACAGGAUCAAGGUGAUGCAUAAGCAAUUAGUUUUGUUACACAACGCUAUUUCUGCUUACUUCUCCGGGAAUGCACAAGCACUUGAGGGAACCCUCCGGCAGUUUAAUAUAAAGCAGGUGAAAAGUCCAAAUUCCUCACAGGGAUCAUGGUUGGAGCAGUAAGGAAAAAAGAUCGGAAGAAUCUCAAUUGGAUGUUUUUCGAAUUCCCAGUCGACUCGAGAGCAGAAAAUAAAAUCCAGGACUUGUGGGUAUGCGUGAAUUAUUUGCAAAACAAAAUGCAUUUUACAGGGGAAAGAGUCGACUUUCCAUUGAUAAAUGAAAAAAAGAAAAUAGUGAAGGAAGCUUCAAAGUAAUCUGAUCGUUCCUUUCGUGAAUUAAUCUCAUGAAUUGAUUUGAUAUAAAUAUUUUUUCCAAGUCAACUAGUCAAAUAAUAUUUUUCCCAUCAUUAAUCACUCACAAUCACCUAACUUAUUUAUCGUCUUUAGCCUUUAUUUUUAGCAAUUUUUUACCGCCUUUUUUGUGCACCAAUGCGUUUAAUUUUUGGACUUCUUUUUUCGGUCAAAAAUAAAACGAUUUAUUUCUUAUAGUCGCAUAAAUAAAACAGCUAAAAAGGAAAAUCUCAUCGUAAUUAUUGUGUUUACUUACAUUUUACUGAUUAAAUGUAAUAAAAAAUGAGAUAUAUACAAAAUAAAUAUCAGCCAGUUGCUGUAAAUCUAA